AGGUUCGAUCGUUUAACUUCUGAAAUAUCAAGAAGUACAGCUGAAAACUCAAGCUUUAAAGAUAAGGAAAAGGAUAAACACAGUGGAUCGACCAACUCAGGAAACUUGAUUGAAACUUUCGCCUCCUGUGGGGUAUUAAAAAAGUCGUUGUAGGAUCACGGACCAAGACGUCUUCUGCCUGAAGCGGACGGAUUUGUUGCUUAUUUAUAAGCUUAAAACAUCGUGAUCACUUCUUUGAAUUCUUUGUUUACCUUCUAACGCCUUUUUUGGCGGGAAGUUACUGUUUGUAUCGACAAUGCAUUUACCUGUGGAAGCCAAGGCCCUGAUCUUUGAUUGUGAUGGAACUUUACUGGACACUAUGCCCUUACAUUGGAGCGCUUGGUGUGCUAUUUGUAGAGAAACGGGCUUGAGAUUUAAUAAGGAAAGCUUUUACGCGCUCGCGGGAGUUCCGGGUAGAGAAAUUAUCCGCAAACUUGCAAAUCAACAAGGGAUCGUUCUUGAUCCUAUGGAAGUGUACGCACGAAAGAAGGCUUUCUUUCUCAAUGGACUUAAAUCUGUCAGAGCGAUACCCUGUGUUGUUCAAUUUGCCUUGGAAGCAAGAAGAACUGGAAUACCAACCGCUGUAGCGUCUGGUAGCUCACGCGCUCAAGUUGAACAAGGUACGGUGUAGAGGAAGGUCAAGGGUGAAUCUGCUUUUCGUUUUUCAUAAAUUUUUGGCUCCUGCGCUAGAGGUUACUUCCUAAAAGGAAGUAUUCCUUCAAUUUCUUUUUAGCUUUUCCGUUUAGAAUAUUAUUUGACGAUAAUUAUUUAAACACAAGCUUUAGGGCGUAUUUACGUGUUUUACAAAGAAUCAGAUAAUUCGAUUCAAUCUCAUUGUUCUUUAGGGUUCAAAGUCCACGCCGCGAUCAUUGUCUUCUCUCUUUGGAAAGCUGCGGUUGGCUAAUCCAUAAAUAGGGAUUUGAUCAUUUGAAACAACAACCCCUAAAAGCAGUAAUGUCCAAGGGGUCCUGAGGCAAUCUCCACUCCGCCACAAUUACAAAAGAAUCAUUCUUUGCUAGUCUAUACCUUUUACUGAGUCUUUUACUAAGUGAUACAUAACCUCAGGUAGAAUACUGACAGUUACCGUAAAAUUACGAAAAUAAGCCCCUCCAUGUAUAAGCCCCUCCAAAUAUAAGCCCCCCAAAAAUCGUAACGCAAAAAAACCUCCGUUAAAUCGUCCGUCCAAAUAUAAGCCCCCCAUGGGGCUUGUACUUGGAAUUUGCCCUUGAAUACAAAGUAAAACAAAGCAAAAAUGGUAAAUUUCCUUCCCACUACAAGCUAGCCCAAUCGAUUUUGAAACGCAAAUUUCCCUCUGAUCAUAAGCCCCUCCGAAUAUUAGCCUCUCCGAAAAUAAGCCCCUUAAAAAGGGCCUUUGAAAAAUGUAAGCCCUGAGGCUUAUUUUCGGAAUUUUACGGUAUUUUGUCUAUUUUGGUGAGUAGAAUGAGGUGGAAACAACGAGAAAUUGUUUGAGUGCACUUUCACAGCUUUGCUACUUACUGGAGUACUUGCUGGCAAAAGCCCCAGCUCUGCAGGUUACAGGUUUAAGGCAGUACGGUCAACUCUUUCUUAAUGGACACCUCUAUAAAACAGACACCUCACUAAAAUGGACACCUAAAGUUGGUCCCUGCCUUUCUUUACCCCUUUCGAUUGACUCUCUAUGAGAUGUACACCUCUCUGAGAUGCACACAUAGUGCUGGAAAAGGUUUCUGUCUUAUUGAGAGUUGACAGUAGCAGUUUUAUCUAAGGAGGUUCAACUGUGAGGGAGACUACCCCUAUACCCACCCCAGCAAAAACCUGAUGCUGGAUAUAGACACUGGAGAACUCCUUCUCCCAGAUGGAUUUGUCAUUAACCAUAGAGCCAUAUUAUGUAUCUAUGUAUGAUAGUGUUCUGAUGGAAAUUUUGUAGAAGUCCUAGAGGGCUGAAUCACAAAAUCAAAUCGAUUAUACAUUUUAUUUAUACUACCAUUACUCAUUUGGAAUUCCCGGUAGAAGUCAAAAAUAUUUUUUGAAGCAAGCUCAGAAAUGUUGUAUUAUUCUAUAUUAGUGAUUUCUAUUUUAUUAAUUUUCUCUGUACAGCACUGACGGAAACUGGUAUUCGAGACCUGUUUAAUGUCAUUGUUGGAAAUGAAGACUACGAGAAUGCCAAACCCAGUCCGGAUGCCUUUCUGACAGCAGCCAACCAGCUGGGAGUGUUGCCACAAUUCUGUUGGGCCUUUGAAGACUCGUAAGUAUCUCAAACCAUUAAUAGCUCGUGAUAAAAAAAACAAAGGGAUGUUCCGUCAUUAAAACUUUGAAGAUGGAAAAUCUAAUAACUUUUUUGAUCUUAAUAUUUUAUCAUUGAUUUUAUCAUUUUAUCAUUGACCAUUUGAGAAGCUAUUAAUGCUCAAAACAGGCUCUCAUUCAUUAUGACAAAAAGUCAAAGGAUUUGUCUGUGCCUUUUCUCAUGCCACCUCAUUGUGUUUGAUAUCAAUAGUAAAAGCUGCUGUCAUGAGCCUAACAAAAAACAAACACUCACAUAAAUGUACUGCCUAUAAGUAGUAAUAAUAAUAUUGUUUACUCAGUACCCUGAUAAUAUAUUUUCCAUCAAUAUAUCAGCUAGUUAUUGUUUGUAUUAUUAAUUAAUUAAUUCAUUCAUUUAUUUGAGCAAAUCCCACGUAUUUACAUCCAAGGUAAAGAGUUUACUUUUGAACUUGUUUAUCAUACGAUUUAUCUAAUUUUUUUCAGAGACAUUGGCAUAGAGGCAAUAAAAAGAGCUGGUUUUGCCAAAUUUGUAGAUGUACGGCAUUUAGAAGGUUAUCCUGAAGAUGAUAGUAGAUGAUGAUAGUUGACUUCAAUGCAGAAGAUGAGCAUUCUUUGUUGUCUGCCUCAGAUCAAUGUCAAAUUGAAAAAAAAUACAUGCACAAUGAUGGAGAAGACUACAGAAUGCUGCAUUGUAAAAUCAGGAUAAUCUCCUGGCAUUGAGAUAUGUUAUUUCAGAGAAUACUGCCAUCAGGUUUUUAGCCAGACAUUGAAAACUGGCCGUCCAGAAGGCAUGUUUUCCCAUAACAUUAUAAGAGAACAAGUGAAUUUUCCUUGUAUUUGUUUCUAAAAUGGCCGUGCAUAAGGUGGCUGGACACCCUUCUGGCUAAAACCUUGACUGCCAUGCCAGAAGAAAUGUUUUACGUAGCAAUCAGUUUUCCUGAUUAGAAUAGAGAAAUAACAACAGUAUCAGCUUAAAAAAAAAAAACACAUUGUAAUGUGGAACACUUACUAGUGUUUCAAACCAGCCAAAUGCUGCCAGUUGGUACUUGUACUCUAAUUUUUUAUUUAUUUAUUGAAAAAUUGAACUAUUUAUUGCAAUAGUAUGAAAAGCUGAUCAUUUAGCCCAAAUCUGCGGAAAUGUUUCAUUUUAAUUUUUAAAAUUUUUAAUGUGCUACUUGUCAGAUUUUUAUGAUGUAAUAACUUUUAACUGUAAUUUAAUUUAUUUGAUAUGCUAUUCAGAACAUGUAUAAAAUAACCACUGCAUUUUCAGUAUUUUAAUUGUAACUGCUACUUGCAACUUCAGCAAGAGUAUAGGAC